CAUGCGUGUUUUUAUUUAAUCGUCUUUUUUGGUUUAUUAUUUUUUAUUACGAAGGCGUAGAGUCGCUUCGUGCUGGUUAGCUUGUCAAGCUAAGGAAGUUAGCUGUUGAACAGCGGCGUCGGGUUGCUUUCCUCUCCCGCAUUUAGAAUCUCUUGACCGGCCUCUGUAAUGCCAACGCGCUGAAGCGCCUCACUGGAGCCUUGCUUGGACAUGGAAUUUAAAAAAUAAUAAAUUAACCCCCUGCCCUCCCAGCUGCGUUGAAUUGUCAACAUCUCCUCUGUCGCCUUUUUCACGAGACGGUGCUCCUCUUUUUUUUUUGACAAAGAAAACCUACUCAAGUUUCUAUCUCUCCUGACAAGCAAACGCCCAAAAAGCUCGCCUGGUUCCAGUGGAUGGCUCCACACAGGCACGGCCCCUCGGCUGGAGGCCACCCGGUGACCCCAGGUGGCGCCGGCGGGGCGAGGGCGAACGGACUGUACCCGCCGUCGUCCUCCUCAUCCGACUCAAAGAAGCCCAACAUGCAGGUCGUCCAAGCCGACCACGAGUUGUUCCUGCAGGCCUUCGAAAAACCGACCCAAAUCUACAGGUUCCUCCGUACUAGGAACUUGAUCGCUCCCAUAUUCCUGCACAGGACUCUCACCUACAUGUCGCACAGGAACUCGAGAAAAAAGGCCAAGAGGAAAAGUUCCAAGGUGGACAAUCUGCUCUUCCGAGUGGAAAAGAUGCAAGGAGACCAGGAAAUGCACGGCUUGGCGUCCAAUCUGCAGCUCACCUUCACCGGCUUCUUCCACAAAUCGGGGCAACCGUCCCAGGAUUGCGAGAAUGAGCAGACCUCCGUGUCCCUGGAAGUCCUCCUGGUCAAAGUCUGUCACAAGAAGAGGAAGGUGAGGCGAGAUGAUGUCAUCAAGCAGUCAACCAAUGAAGUCAAAGAUGUGAGCUGUCCGGUCAAGCAGGUUCCAGCCGGGAAGAAGCAGGUUCCUCUCAAUCCCGACUUGACUUCUCCCAGCGGUGCAGGACAUUUCGGAAGCUUUCCGUCCCUGCUCGUCCCGAGCAGCGAGUUUGAAACCAGCAACUCGUACACGGUCAAGUCCUACUCGCUGCUUUUCAGAGUGUGGCAGCCCGCAUAUGACCACAGGCUGCCCCUCAACGGACUUGCAAAUGGAGAGGCGCACCAUCACACAGAGUUAUCCGAGGAGGUGAUUGACAAGAAGAGGCGGAGCUCCCCCCUCAGGGAGGACGGAGAAAACACGCUGGUGGCACAGAUGACAGUCUUUGAUAAAAACAGACGCCUGCAACUGCUGGACGGCGACUACGAAGUUUCAAUGCAAGAAUUAACACAGCAAUGUCCUCUAAACAACAUGAGAGCAACUUGGGAGACGAUAUUGGACACAAAGCACAUGCCUCCACUGAAGGCGUUCUGUGACGGCCCGACUCUUCGCUUCACUCUGCGUUGGACCAGCGAAGUCUGCGACGGUUCCACGGCUCCCGUGGCCAAACCUUUGGCAACGCGCAACUCGGAUGCCAAUCGCGAAAGUAAAGCGGUACACGCGUUGAGGAACGCGGCACACGCCACCCACGCUGUGAAAGAAACCAUCAACUCAGACAAAGUCCACACCAGAGCCAGAGAACACGUCCCAGCAGAACCUCGACCCAAACUACGCAUUUUCUACCAGUUCCAGUACAACAACAACAGUCGGCAGCAGACCGAGGCCAGAGAUGACCUUCACUGUCCUUGGUGCACCCUGAACUGCAGGAAGCUGUACAGUUUGCUCAAACACCUCAAACUGUCACAUCCGCGCUUCGUCUUCAACUAUGUGCCUCACCCCAAGGGAGCCAAGAUCGAGGUCUCCAUCAACGAGAGCUACGACGGCUCGUACGCGGGGAACCCUCAGGACGUCCACGGCCAGCCCGGAUUCGCCUUCAGCCGCAACGGACCCGUCAAGAGGGCGGCCGUCACUCACGUCCUGGUCUGCAGGCCCAAGCGCAGCAAGCCAAGUCUGUCCGAGUUCUUGGAGUGCGAGGACGGCGAGCGCCAGCGUCUCAGGUCAUACGUGGGCGGACUUAACCGACUCUACUUCAGAAGCGACAGCUGCGUGCCCAGACCACCGCAGGAGAUGGACGUGGACAGCGAGGACGAGAGGGACCCCGACUGGCUCAAAGAGAAGACCGCCAAGCAAAUCGAAGACUUCACGGAUGUGAAUGAAGGCGAGAAGGAGAUCAUGAAGCUGUGGAACCUUCACGUCAUGAAACACGGCUUCAUCGCCGACCACCAGAUGAACGAGGCGUGCCUGCUCUUCACCGAGCUCCACUGCGCUCACCUCGUUCGGCAAAACCUGCGCCGCAACUUCCUGCUGCACCUGGUCAGCAUGCACGACUUCAACCUGGUCAACACCCGAACCAUCGACCAGGCCAUGGCCCGACUUGAGGCCGCCGCGCACGGGGACAAACAACCGGCGGAGGAAGACGAGGCGGAGGAGGAAGACGAAUGGGAGACGGCGGAGGAGUUUCAGAUGGAGACGGACCAGGAGCCGUCGGAGUCUGAAGACCCGAAUAGAUGGCAGGAGAGUCAGAGUAGAGUUUUGAACUGACCAGUGGAAGGACUCCAGCAGAACUUUAUCUUUGGAGCCAUCGUGGUGAUUUUGGCCAUCAAGACUUGGCAAUUCUGGAGCACAGAGACACCAGAGUAGCCUUGUUUCCCAAAUUAUCCUAAAUCUUGAGAACUAUGUUCCUUACCGACUUUUGUUGGAAGCGCAACCAGAAACGCCAAACGAGACUUUGGGAACCUUCCACCAACUUUUGGGACUUUGAAGUCUUUAAGACUGAAUAAUUCCAGAUAGUACAAACACCAGAACAGCAUGUUUUUCAGUUUCUUGGGAUUUUGCCCAUGUUCCAGACUGACCACUGUUGGCCGGGCAACCAGUUGUGGCAACCCUUAAGCCGAAUGUUGGACUCAAGAGACCGAUUUUGGAUCAAGAAGACAGCAGAACGGCGUGUUUUCUUGUUUGUUAGAACUUGUUGACUUUGUCCAUGUUAGAAGAAACCCCAAAAUGGACUUUGGAGUUUUAAACCUUCAAUCAAGUUUUUGGGACGUUCAGGUCUUGAGGACAAAAGAAUUCGGAAUCACAGAGAAACCAGAAUAUUGUUUUCUUUGUUACCUCAAAACUUGAAGAUCUUUUUUGUUUUUUGUUCCAUUGUUGGGUAUUAAUAUGAAUGAUUCAAUCAGUGCGGGGUGACCAGAAAACCCACACUAGACUUUUUGUUUGAAGAGUUAAGACAACUUUUAGCACUCACAGAUUGAGUCUGGAUGUAGGUUAGACCAGACCUUUAUUUUUCCUGUCCUUGUCAUGAAAAACCCCAAACUGAACUUUGGGUUUGGAAACUCCACUUUUGUGACUUUUUGGGAUGUGAAGACUGAAAAAUUCUGGAGCCCAGAAAAUUAGCUUUUUUUCUCUUUGCUAUCCUAAAACUGAUUCUGGAUC